CAUGGCUGCAGGCAAAGUGGUGGCCGUCUGCAUCGCAAUGGCCCUGUGCGACAUCAUCGGCCGCCGACCCCUACUGCUCUUCUCCCUCUUCAUGAUGACCGUCAGCUACGGUCACCUCGGCGUCACGCCCUACUUCCUCACACUCAAGGAGUAUCGAUCGGAAAAACGCGCCAUGCCAUUCAGAUACUUCGCCCUGGUGGCCUUCAUCCUUCUGUGCUCGGCAUUCUCUCUCGGCAUGGGGCCGAUGGAAAACGUCGUGGGCGCCGAGGUCCUGCCCCUGAAGCUGCGGGCGAAGGGCAACGCCGUGCUGACGCUGCUGAACCGGGUGACGGUGGCUCUCCUGACUUUCUACUUCCUCUCUCUGAAGGAGGCCAUCGGCUUCUCAACCACCAUGUACAUCUUUGCCGGUGUGUGCCUGGCUGGCGUGUUGUGGGUGCACCUGUUCGUGCCGGAGACGGCCAACUAUCUGCUGGAGGAGGGGCAGUACCUGGCGCGGCGGCAGAGCACCCAGACGUUCAGGCAGCUGUCCCGCUCGCUGACAGGCCUCUCUCGUACACUGACGAUUCUCUCGGGUGCUGGUGGUGGUGGUGCAUCGCCGCGAUAGGAGAGAUAGAUGAUUGAUUGGUGCAUAGGCCAUGUGCAUGUGACAUUUGCAUCAGUUUGACCUCAAGGGCGAUGGAUAGUAUCUUCGGACGUCGUCCUU